AACUUUAUAGACGAUUUACGGCUGUAUGUGAGAGGAGGAACUGGUGGAAUGGGUUAUCCUCGUCUAGGUGGGGAAGGAGGGAGAGGAGGCGAUGUCUGGUUCGUCGCCCGAGAAAGAACUACCUUAAAGAGCAUAAGGGACAGAUAUCCCCAGAAGCGAUUUGUAGCUGGAACAGGAGCCAACAGCAGUGUUAAAGCACUAAAAGGUCAAAAAGGAAAAGACUGUGAAGUUCAUGUGCCUCUGGGAAUUUCAGUUCUUUGUGAUGAUGGCAAGCAGAUUGGAGAGCUUAAUGCAGCAGGAGAGCGAUUCCUAGCAGCUCGCGGAGGUCUUGGAGGCUCUUUGGCCACAAACUUCGUGCCUUGUAAAGGCCAGAGGCGAAUUGUGCGUCUUGAUUUGAAACUUAUAGCAGAUGUUGGCUUAGUUGGGUUUCCAAAUGCGGGAAAAUCAUCCUUGUUAAGCAAGAUUUCUCAUGCCAAGCCUGAGAUUGCAAGUUAUGCAUUUACAACAAUACAGCCUGAACUAGGAAAGAUCAUGUAUGCAGAUUAUAAGCAGAUUUCGGUAGCUGAUCUCCCAGGACUGAUUGAAGGUGCACAUGCAAACAAAGGGAGGGGCCACAAAUUUCUCAAACAUGUAGAAAGAACCAAACAGCUUCUCUUAGUUGUUGAUAUUUCUGGGUUUCGGCUGUCUCUUAAGACUGAGUUCAGAACAGCCUUUGAAACUAUAUUGCUUCUAACAAAGGAGCUAGAGCUGUACAAAGAGGAACUUGUAACAAAGCCUGCACUUCUUGCCAUUAAUAAAAUGGAUUUGCCUUGUGCAAAGGAUAACUUGAAUGAACUUACGAAACAACUGCAGAAUCCUCAAGACUUCUUACACUUACUGGAGGAAGAAAUGAUUCCUGCAAAUACACUUCAAUUCAAGGAUAUAAUUCCUAUAUCUACAUACACCGGAGAAGGAAUUGAAGAACUAAAAGCAUGUAUAAGAAAAUCCAUAGAUGAGGAAGCAGAGCAAGAGAAUGAAGAAUAUCGGAAAAAGAAACUAUUACUUUUACAAACUUCAGAAGAACAAACGAAUAGAAGCUAGCAUUCUUGCCUGGAUCCAACGCAUUUUGAUAUUUUUAGUACGUACGUGAACCCAUUGCUAUGCAGACCUUCCAUUUAAUUUUUGUUCUCUCUGCCACCACUGCCCAGUCCUCUGCUCCCCCCAUGGUCUUGAUCUCUUUUGG